UUCCUGUGUGAUACUAGUUAAGGGCUCCUGCUCCCGCUGCAUUUGCACGGAGGGUACUGUCAAGAUGGUACAUGCUGAAGCCUUUUCUCGUCCAUUGAGUCGGAAUGAAGUUGUUGGGUUAAUUUUCCGUUUGACAAUAUUUGGUGCUGUAACAUACUUCACAAUCAAUGGAUGUAGAUGCAAUUGAUUCCAACCAGAAAGCAAAAGGUAGAAGCUCAGAAACAGGCAGAGAAAUUAAUGAAGCAAAUUGGUGUGAAAAAUGUGAAGCUUUCAGAAUAUGAAAUGAGUAUUGCUGCUCAUCUUGUAGACCCUCUUAAUAUGCAUGUUACUUGGAGUGAUAUAGCAGGCUUAGAUGAUGUCAUUACGGAUCUGAAGGACACAGUCAUCUUACCUAUCAAAAAGAAGCAUUUAUUUGAAAAUUCCAGGCUUUUGCAGCCUCCAAAAGGUGUUCUUCUCUAUGGGCCUCCAGGCUGUGGUAAAACAUUGAUUGCCAAGGCUACAGCCAAAGAAGCAGGCUGUCGAUUUAUUAACCUUCAGCCUUCAACACUGACAGAUAAGUGGUAUGGAGAAUCCCAGAAAUUAGCUGCUGCUGUUUUUUCCCUUGCCAUCAAGCUACAGCCUUCCAUCAUCUUUAUAGAUGAAAUAGACUCCUUUCUACGAAACCGUUCAAGUUCUGACCAUGAAGCUACAGCCAUGAUGAAAGCUCAGUUUAUGAGUCUCUGGGACGGUUUGGACACAGAUCACAGCUGUCAGGUCAUAGUGAUGGGAGCUACUAAUCGUCCUCAGGAUCUGGACUCAGCUAUCAUGAGAAGAAUGCCUACAAGAUUUCAUAUCAACCAGCCUGCUCUAAAACAAAGAGAAGCAAUCCUGAAACUCAUCUUGAAAAAUGAAAAUGUGGAUAGGCAUGUGGACCUGCUAGAAGUUGCCCAGGAAACUGAUGGAUUUUCAGGAAGCGACCUAAAAGAGAUGUGUCGAGAUGCUGCCCUCCUCUGUGUCAGGGAAUAUGUUAACUCUACAUCAGAAGAAAGCCACGAUGAAGAUGAAAUUCGACCUGUUCAACAGCAGGACCUGCAUCGGGCAAUUGAAAAGAUGAAGAAAUCAAAGGAUGCGGCAUUUCAGAAUGUUUUAACACAUGUUUGUUUAGAUUAAGAGUAAAGGUCAUUUGUACAGGUCAGCAGUCGGUGUGCCCUGUUAUCAUUAGUGGAACCAGAAUGGAAGCAGGAGUAUUCUUUGAACAGUGAGGGAGUGGAAUGACACUGGUUUUAUACUCUGAAUUCUAAGUUAUUGAGACAUAGCUGUUAUAUAAACGGUAUUACCACUUGUCAGAAAUCAUGAGGAGGAACAAUUUAAUCCAGCCUGAGUGUAGGUGCUUGUGUUUGACCUUUUUAGCCAUACAUUGCAGCCUUAUAGCAUCUAAGCUGGUCUUAAAGUAACAGUUCAUAGAUUGAGUCAUUAGUGAGAAAUGGGGAUGUGGUUAAGUGCUGCUUUCUAGAUAUGUGAGAGAGAGUGUGUAUGUGUGUUAAAUGUAUAUAUUCACACAUUUUAUAUUGACAUUCUGUAGAUAGGUUUGAAUACAGAAACUUUUUUUUACCCCAACUACUGAAUCAAAAAGUACCAAAUACUAUAUAGCAAAAAUAAGAUUGAAUGUUGUAUCUAAAAGGUACAGUGAUUCAGCCACUUUCAGUUUUUACUUGUUUCAGCUUUUUUUUUAAUUGAGUAUUUCUCUGCUGUUGAAUAGUUGGAGUCUACCACAUCUGAAUGUUUAGAUGUGGCUCAGUUAUUUUGGUGGUCAGGAUAAUACUGUGGAAUGGUUUUCAGGCAGUCGCAUGAUCAGCACUGAUUCCACCGGUCUGCGAGCACACUGAGAGACAUUUUCAAAUUGAUAGACAUAAAGGGGAUUGAAAGUCACUCAGAAGAAUGGCUUUGAAACUCCUCAGUGCCAUACAAUACAUGUAAGUGACUUUUCCUUUCUUCAUUUAAUGUAACAUAGUUCUGUUGUAACCAUGAUUUUUUAAUGUUAUUUUAAAGUUGUAUGUUCAUUAUUUAUGGUCAAAUAUAAUUUGGUCAUCAAAAAUAAAAUGGUAAUUUAAAACAAGUAGCUUUUAUUAAAUGUGCUAAAAAUACUCAUUUUUGUAACUGAAAUUUUAAAAGUUUUCUUAGCCUAUUACAAAUUGCACCCCAACCAGUGCAAACACACACAGAAAAAGCCUCAUAUUGUGCCUGGAGUCACCGGUGCUGUGCGCAUUAGAACUCCGAACACACAGCAGGAGGAACACGGCACUCUCUGAUAUUCAGGCACGUUCUGAAUCAUCAGAAAGAUUAAAUGAUGCUUUAUAUAUUUUUGUUUUUAUUGUAUUUCUUUGAAAACACUCAAUCUCUAUUUGUGAGUUAUUGGAUUAAUGUCUUUGAUAGUAAGUCUCUCACUAGAACCCUAUUGAAUGGUUCGCUCUUUACUUGUGCUUUGAAUGGCGGGUGGGGUAGAGGUUGUGAGAGAACACUGUGGAUACAAAAAUCAAGUUUUGAAAAACUGUGAAGAUGAGUGAUAAAUUGAAUGCAAAACACAAGAUACCAAAAAAUAUAGCUUUUAAUAAUUAUACUAUUAUUUUAUAAAUGUGUAAUAAAGAGGUCCCUGUUAAUU